AUGAUGGGAAGCUGUCCUUUGACGAGUUCAAGGCUUACUUCUCAGAUGGUGUUCUGGCAGGAGAUGAAUUAAAGGAGCUUUUCCAUGCAAUUGACACUCAUAACACAAACAAUGUGGACACGGAUGAGCUGUGUGAAUACUUCUCUCAGCAUCUUGGAGAAUAUGAAAAUGUCCUCGCUGCCUUGGAAGACCUGAACGUAUCCAUACUGAAAGCCAUGGAUAAAACCAAGAAGGACUAUCAAGAGGCCACGCAUCUGGAGCAGUUUGUGACACGUUUCCUGUUGAAGGAGACCACCAGUCAGCUGCGGUCUCUCCAGAGCUCUCUGGAGUGUGCCAUGGAGACCACAGCCGAACAGACCCGGCAGGAGAGACAGGGGCCUGUGAAGCCAGAGGUUCUGCCUAUUCAGUGGUCAGGAAGGAGAUCUAAUCGAAGACUUCAAAGGAAUAACAGCUUGUCUCCGAACAACCCACUUCUGAACCUUGUCAAUUCAGGUCUGUAUGAAGAGGACAAUCAAUGGAUAACUCAGAUCAACAGACUGCAAAAGCUGAUCGACCGUCUUGAGAAAAAGGAACUGCGUUUGGAGCCGGUGGAAGAAGAGGUGUUGGGAAGUUCCACCAAAUCACACAUCCUGAUCGUUCAGAGGCAGCUCUCAGUGCUGGAGGAGGAAGUGGAGGAGUUUCGUCUGGCUCUCCGGCAGUACAUGGACUGCGCCAGCACCCAGACUGGCUGCCUCCAUGUUGCAGUUCAGAGGCUUGCCAAUGAAUCCCGCUUCAUACUGUAUGAGUUCUGGGAGCAAAGCAACGUGUGGAAGAAUCAUCUGCAGACCAAUUACAGCAAAACCUUCCAGAGAGGCAAUGUGGAUUUCUUAGAGACGCCAGAGAUUAUGACAACUAUGCUGGUUCCAGCAUCAUGGUGGGUCCUCAACAAUAACUAGAAUCCGUGGACUCCCGUUAGAUGACAGCAGACAUUAUGAGGACCACACAAGCCUGGACUGACAUCUGCAUCCCCGUCAUCGGUCAUAGUGACUAGCACUUGCUUUCCAUUUUGUUACAUUCUUAGCUAUAUACGAGUAGUGUAAACUGUAGAGGAUAUCAAAUAAAGCAACGAGAUCUUUGUUCUGAUGAUAGCACUCCAAUCCCAUCAGAGUUGCAUAAGAUAAGUGUUCAUCUGUGCCGUGAGAGUACAGUGUUGAGUGCUGUCAGUCUGUCUGUAGCACAGGUCUGUGUCUCCUCUCGUAGCAGUUCUUGUGAUCAUUCCUGAACAUAUCAAGAGUUCCUGACAUGACCAUUUCUUUGAAAAGAUAUACUUCUGCUGUUGUAUUUUAUGUAGUUUGUCAGCUGUGAAUAAACAUAUUAAAUUAAUGUGAC